AUGAUGCACCCAGCUGGCCCUGCUCGCCCUCUCGGUCCCCGCAACAUCCAGCGCGCUGCCUCUCCUCAGCGUUCCUCCUCACACUAUUCUCUCCCCGAGGUUGCCCCCCUCAAUGUCCGCAAAGUACACAGAGACUCUAAUGGCAGCAUCAACGGCAGCACGUCCAGUUUCAGCAGUCUCCUCCAACCUCCUUCAGUCAACGGCAUGAGAUCGCCCACACCCACACUCACUCUUGACAUGCCAAACCCCCAUCCGCCGGUCGCUUCACCCCGUCUCAAGUUGAAGCUCGACUUCAAGAGCAUAUCGACAGAGGAGGCUUUCGCCGGUGGCUACGCUGGUGGCCAACAGACACAGCCCGUAUCUUCCACUGCACACUCCAAUGGUCAAACCGAUAGCCCGGGGGAACUCACACUGCGACCAGAGGUCACUAUCUCACCACGUCCACGAGCACCACCGCCUGUCUCCAUUGAUAACAUUCGCCAAACCGUUGAGGAGUUCGAUCACUGGUCUGACGACCUUCUCGAGGAGCUCGCUCGACUCGGUGAGGGCGCAGGCGGCGCCGUCUACAAGGUCCGUGACCGCAGCACUGGCACCGUCAUGGCCCGCAAGACGAUCACCACGCUGGAGGCACCGAUGAACCAACUGCUGCGGGAGAUCCGCAUCAUCUCUACCACAUCUCAUGUCAACAUCAUCCACUUCUUCGGCGCGUACAUGUCCCCAUCCUCCAGAGAGGUCAAGGUCCUUAUGGAAUACGGCGAGGGCGGCAGCCUCGAAUCGGUCGGGAAGCGUAUGCGCGAGAUCGGCGGGCGCGUCGGCGAGAAGGUCGCCGGGCGGCUCGCGGAAGGGAUCUUGCAGGGCCUCGCAUAUCUUCACUCGAAGAAGACUAUACACCGCGACAUCAAGCCGCCCAACAUCCUGCUCACGCGCGAAGGCAUCGUGAAGCUAUGCGACUUCGGUGUCUCUGGCGAGCUCGUGAAUUCUAUCGCUGGUACCUUCACCGGUACUAGUCUCUACAUGGCGCCGGAACGCCUGUCCGGCUUGGAAUACACAAUCCGCUCCGAUGUGUGGUCAACAGGCAUCUCCCUCCUUGAGCUGGUCCAGAAUCGUUUUCCCUUCCCAAACGAUCUUGCUGCGAUCGAGCUCAUGAUGCACAUCACGCAGAACGAGCCGCCGGAGUUGGAAGACGAGGAAGACAUAGCAUGGAGUCCAGAGAUGAAGGACUUCAUUAAAGCUACACUCACGCGCGAUCCUGCAGCACGCCCAACGCCGAAGGACAUGCUCACGCACCCGUGGAUAGUGAAUGUAAUGCAAAGCGAUGUAAACAUGGCGUACUGGAUGCGCAAAGUUUGGGGCUGGCCCAAGAGCAGGAAGUCGAGUGACACCAACUCACGUCCGAGCUCAAGCCGGAGCGAGCAUUCGUCGUUGGAGACGGCGAUGGCCGGCCUGAACGUCGGCGCGAAUUCCGACUCACCUCCUGCGGGCAUCUGA